AAUUAGCCCUUUUGGAAAAAAACUGCUCAUUAAAAAACUCCACAGGCAGUAAUACAAGCUUCGGAUUAUAUUUUAAUUCAUGCUAUAGUCCUGCGAUACUUGUUUGUUGAGCAUGACCCUACAUGACUAUGUCCUCACGCAACGUGCUUUUCUGUCGUUUCCUUCAAGCUGACAAUAAAGCACUUAAACUUUAACCAUGUGUAAAAUUGCACAAUGUGCCAGCAAUCAGUGGAGUUUGAUCCACUGCUCAAAAGCGUGACCUCACAAAUACAGGGAUGAAAAUUCUAGAAGCGUUUCCUGGCGAGGUGAAUGCUCGGAAUUAAACCUGAGCGAUGCCAAUUAUCAGGGCAGAGAUGAGACACUGAAAAUCAUCCCACAAGCGAGAGGUUGGAGACUGAUGCUUGGGUUUGUGUUAGGCCUGAUUCUUGCUGUUGUCACAUACCAGCGCACUCCUUUGGACCCAUUUCCUACGAUUGUGACCUUUGACCCUUGACCCAAUGGAGACCCACACCACCACCCCCUUUCCCACCCCCACCCAGAAUGCAACAGCGGUCCCCAAUUUUCUGGCACCUUCUGACAUUGUGGUGUUAGUCCUGUACUUUGUGUUUGUGAUGGCUGUGGGACUGUGGUCAAUGUGGAAGACCAAGAGGAGCACUGUGGAUGGGUAUUUCCUUGCUGGGAAGAACAUGGUUUGGUGGCCGGUGGGAGCGUCGCUCUUCGCCAGCAACGUGGGAAGCGGCCACUUCAUCGGGCUGGCCGGGUCGGGGGCCGCCUCCGGCAUCGCCGCCACCGCCUACGAGUGGAACGGCAUGCUGAUCGUGCUGCUGCUAGGCUGGGUCUUCCUCCCCAUCUACAUUGCCUCACGGGUGACGACGAUGCCAGAAUAUUUGCAGAGACGAUUUGGGGGGAAGAGGAUCCAGAUGUAUAUUGCCGUUUUGUACUUAUUUAUUUAUAUCUUUACAAAAAUAUCGGUGGAUCUGUACGCAGGAGCGGUGUUCAUCCAGCAGGCUCUGCGCUGGAACCUGUACCUGGCUGUGGUUCUGCUGCUGGUCAUCACCGCCGUCUACACUGUGGCAGGUGGUCUGGCGGCUGUGAUUUACACGGACACCCUGCAGACCGUCAUCAUGCUGAUAGGAGCCAUAAUCCUCACGGGAUUCAGUUUCGCGGAGGUCGGGGGCUGGGAUGCCCUCCUGGAGAAGUACCCGGAGGCGAUCCCCGAAAUAAGAGACCCCAACACCACCUGCGGCAUCCCUCGCGCCGACGCCUUCCGGCUGUUCCGUGACCCCGUGACCUCUGAUCUCCCCUGGCCAGGGGUCAUAAUUGGGAUGACUAUCCCCUCCAUCUGGUACUGGUGCACAGAUCAGGUGAUCGUUCAGCGAUCUCUGGCAGCUAAGAACCUGCUCCACGCCAAGGGCGGUUCCCUGCUGGCCUCCUACCUGAAGAUCAUGCCCUUCUUCAUCAUGCUUCUGCCUGGGAUGAUCAGCAGGAUACUCUUCACGGAUGAGGUGGCGUGUGCGGAUCCUGACAUAUGCAACGAGGUGUGUGGGAACCGUGUUGGGUGCACGGACAUCGCGUACCCCAAACUAGUGAUGGAGCUCCUACCCUCAGGUCUGAGGGGUUUGAUGAUGGCAGUGAUGUUAGCAGCUCUAAUGUCCUCCCUCACGUCCAUCUUUAACAGCUCCAGCACCAUUUUCACUAUGGACGUGUGGAAAAGCCUGCGCCACGGUGCCAGCGAAUGGGAGCUGAUGAUUGUGGGCAGGGUGUUUGUGCUGGUUCUGGUGGUUGUGUCGGUGUUGUGGAUCCCACUGAUCCAGGCUGCGCAGGGAGGACAGCUCUUCAUCUACAUACAGUCCAUCAGCUCGUACCUGCAGCCGCCUGUCUGCAUGGUAUUCAUGGCCGGAUGCUUCUGGAAGAGGACCACUGAGAUGGGGGCCUUCUGGGGCCUGAUCGUGGGCCUGUUCAUGGGCUGCGUGCGGCUGGUCCUGGACUUCGUGUACCCCAUCCCGCUGUGCCACGAGACGGACUCCCGGCCCGAGGUGGUGAAGUACGUGCACUACCUGUACUUCUCCAUGAUCCUGUCGCUCGUCACCAUCAUCGUCACUGUCACCGUAAGCCUGGCCACCGAGAAACCGUCUGAAGACCAGAUCAGUGGGCUGACGUGGUCCACGCGGUUUGACAGCGUGAAGAAGAGGCGCGCGAGUGUGGAGGCGGGGAUCUCCGUGGAGCAGAGCCAAUCAAAGCUUCCAGAGGAGGAGCAGAACAGCAGUGGAGAUGCUGACCAAGUGAAGAGGGGCUCCCUUUCCACAGUGGAUGGCAAGGUAGGGGGCGUCUCCCGGCUAAAGUCUGCCUUCCUGUGGGUGUGCGGGAUGGAGCGCGAGGAGACGGGGUCUUGUCCCCAAGCCCCGCCCCUUCCAGUGGAUACCGCGUGCUUGCUGGAGGAAGAUCAGAACAUGAGGCACUUCGUCAACGGCAACCUCGUUGUAUGCAUGUCCGUUGCCGUCUUUCUCAUUGGCUACUGGGCCUAGUGGGAGCACUUUGAAACAAUGAUGUCGGAGCACUGAGGAGAAGCCUGGGGACCAGGGCUUGACAUGAAGACCCGCCUAUCGCCAAAUGUGGGUAGAAUUCGGCAGUGGCGUGUAACUCCGUCACUCUAACUAGCAACUUCGGCGGGUGACCUUUCGGUACAUUGUAGUUCACAAAAGGCAUCUGAAAUAAUUAACUCAAUUUGAGCUGAUGCUACAUGAUACUACAAGUCCCAUGAACACUGUGUGCUCAUCUCAUUGGCCCAUUCACUUGCCCCCUCAGUCAAGCUGGGAGUAUGCUUAAUAAGAAAGGGAACUCCGCGGAAACCAAACCACGACAGCCGAAUACGGUGCCACAUACAAAUGUGUGUACACUCACUGCCGCUUCAAACUGUUUGUUUAGUGACACUUCAUGCCAGUGGAAAACACAAGUUCAGAUUCUGUGGUUGUGAUCUGAAAACACGGAAGUUACAACAAUUACAACCAAACACAGAAAACAACAAUGGCUCAUUGAAGGAGCAUAAACUUAGAAAGACGUCCAUGAUUUCAAAGUCACUUUAUUUAGCGCUGCAAAAAAACAAGUAGGUUAUUGCAGCACUUGGUUUAACCAGUGGCAUACGGUGCGUGAGCCUACCCUGGUGUUAUAUUUCUACGGCAACAAUGCUGGUAUUUUGUAGCCCUAAUUGCAAUUUAAAAAUAAAGUUAAAAAAAAUAAAAGUGUAUCUGCACAGCUUCAACGUUGACAUCAUUAAACGAAAAUAAGCAAAUUAGCCUAUUUUCACAUAAUUCUCAAUACCAUCAGAUAUAGCCAGUUCUCCUCAAUUAGGCUAUAGGCAAGUAAUAAAAUCAUUUUUAUUUGCAAUGCAAAAUUCUGAAUAUUUUGUUGACAUGAAUUGUGUAAUGUGAUUGCGUACAUGUAAUUUUCCUUCUCCGCUUAAGGCCACUUAAGGAAUAUUCAUGGCAAAGAUCCAUAGUGCACAGAUUUAGUCAUUUAAACCAUCCUGAAGCACAUGUUUUGUUUGUGCUGAACGCUAAUGUGGUAGUUAACAGAGUGGUGUAUAAUUAUUUUUUUUGUUAAGUGUUUGCUAAUUAAUGAUUAAAACAGAUUUUUUUACUCA